GAAAGAAAGAAAGACAAAAAAGCAGCUCAGCCAUGAUUGAAACUUCAACUAUUUUAAGGCAUCAAGAAAAGAGUUGCAAUUGUAACGACCAACGAGAUGAAAAACCAACCAUGGCUUAAGAGGUCGUGUCAAUGGCCGAGCAAAAACUUUCAAUGCGCCUAUCUGUAUCAACAUCAUCGGCCUUCUUAUGAUCCAUCAGUUAUAUUUGAUUUCUGAUUGAAGAAGAAGAAGAAGAAGAAGAUGAUGAUGAUGAUGAUGAUUUGAUUUGAUGUUCUGUAAAUAAUAUUUGAUCGGAAUUCGUAGGCCCCAUGUUUCCCCUGCUACGGCCAAAAUCUGAAGACUCGUUAAUUUUCCAACCCUACUGUUGAAUUUUUAUGGUUUUUAUCUCAAGAUCCGGUCCACCUUCUCCCCCUUCCUCUAUUUUCUCUCUAGACCUAUUCUGAUCGUUUUCUUUAAGAGAAACUUUGGUUUAUGGUUCAUGACGAUUCGGAACUUCAUGCAUAGAUAAAGUGAAGGAAGACAUAUGAAUGAAUAACAAAUGGGGAAGAAAGGGAGUUGGUUUUCUGCAGUGAAGAAGGUUCUUAGUCAACCUUCUGAGAAGAAAGACAAGAAACCAGACAAAUCUAAGAAAAAAUGGUUCCAAAAGGAGGAGAGUGUGGAUGUGAUAUCCUUUUUGGAGCAAUCUCCAUUGGAUGUUCCUGCACAACCUCCUACAGAAGAUGAUGUCAAACAAACCGAACCUGAGAAUGAGCCAAGUGAGCUUGCACAUUUGGAGGCUGCAGAGCCUGCUGUUGCUGAAGCUCAGCCGGCUGUGGAGGUUGAAUAUCCACCUAGUCCUAUCUCCUGUCGCCCAGAAAUGUCGGAGGAAACAGCAGCUAUUAAGAUUCAAACUGCAUUUCGUGGAUAUACGGCAAGGAGAGCAUUGAGAGCUCUCAAAGCGUUGAUGAGAUUGAAGACGUUGGUACAAGGGCAGUCUGUCAAACGGCAAGUGGCCUCUACUUUAAAAUGCAUGCAGACCCUUACUCAUUUACAGUCAGAGAUUCGUGCAAGGAGAAUAAGAAUGUCUGAAGAAAAUCAGGCUCUUCAGCGGCAACUUCGUAACAAACGUGAGAAAGAUCUCGAGAAGUUAAAAUUUGCUAUGGACGAUGAGUGGAACCAUAGCACCCAAUCUAAAGCACAAAUUGAAGCUAAACGAUUGAAUAAGCAUGAAGCUGCAAUAAGAAGAGAAAGGGCUCUGGCUUAUGCUUACUCUCAUCAGCAAACAUGGAAGAAUUCUUCAAAAACUGCAACCCCCACUGUCAUGGAUCCAAACAAUCCCCAUUGGGGUUGGAGUUGGUUGGAGAGGUGGAUGGCAGCUCGUCCAUGGGAAUCUCGAAACACCACUGAUUACCCAGAUCACAUUUCUAUCACGAGUCUUGCAACUCGCGCAUCUGUGGUCGACAUACUCCAAAUUUAUGCUCGUCGUGAUCAGAACUCUUCUACCAAGCUUUCUCCAAAGUCUCCUACAAGCCAAAAGUCAAGCCAAUUGCAUAAAUAUCAUUCACCUUCAACUCCCAAGGCAUUAUCUUCAUCAUCUGGCAGAAAGAAAACAAAUGCAGCCAAAUCAAAGGUAGGCAGCUGGGGUGGGGAUGAUGGUAUAAGGAGCACCACUAGUGUCAAAUCAAAGCUCUCUCGGAGGCAUACUAUUGCAGGGUCAUCAUUCAGGGAUGAUGAAAGCCUUGCCAGUUUACCUUCAGUUUCAAGUUACGCGACGCCAUCGAAGACUGUGAAGACUCGGUCCCGGUUGGCAAGUUCAUCUAGAACAGAGAAGAAAGGAACAAUGGAAAAAGGAUCUGCAAGUGCAAGUUCUGCAAAGAAGCGGCUUUCCUUUACAGCUUUUCCUAUUAAGCCAAGGAGGCAAUCUAGUCCUCCAGUUGUGAAUACUAGCUAAGUACAUUAAAAGAUGAUAAAGUUCGCAUCAUAGAGAGUGGCAGUACCAAAGGAAAGGAGGAAACAAAUUCAUUGAUCGUGAGUUCGUCAAUCCAAGGAUCGUACUUUCGUCAUUUGCUUUCUUCAACAGCUUCUACUUCCCAAGUGAGUGAGCAUAUAUAUAUAUGUUUCUUGCAAGCACCGGUCCAUGUCCAUGGUUUUUUUUUAGUUUCUUUCUUUCUUCUCUCUCUCUUUUCUUAAAAAAAAUAUUUUUCUUUUUCCCAUACCAUUGGUCUUCCUGAAAUUCUUAUCUGUAUGUAAUAAGAUUUGUUUUUGGGUUGCAUUUAUCUAUUGAAACCAUUUGUAAAUCUGUUUGUCUAUAAUAUAUUGUGAGGAUUCUUCUGGGUUUUCUUUUGAGACAA